UCGCAAUGCCGCUUCUGCCGGAAGGCUGAGCUCACGCCUGACGCUGCUUCCGCGUUUGGGCAGCCUUCGGUCGCGCUCUUACGUUUCAACCAGAGCUCCCACGACUAGGAAGAAGCGCAGAUAUCAGUCUAUAGCGACACUGGAUCCCGCACGAAUCAAAUUAUCUGAUGCACUCGACCUCGCGGGAAGCAUAGUAUCCACGAUCCAACUGCCGACGGGCAGCGCAAAACUCAUGUACCACAGAAUUAGCUUACUCGCGGACAAUCGCCAGUCAUUCGUGCGCUUUCCCGCCCACGCCGUAGGCUUCCUCUACUUCCAUGCGCCCUCCUGCUCUUUGCGCUUCCGCAUCGUCCCCAGCCGCCUUCCCAAAGACUUCGACGCCGGCCGCGAUCUACUCUUGACCAACGGAGUUGACACGUGGUGCAUUCGUGCCUCGACACUCGCGUACCGCAACGUCACAGCGCCCUUGCUGCAACAUAUUUUACAAGAAGGCCUAGUGACGGCGCCUGCCCUCCAAGCUAGAGCGCGCACUAUAGCGACCCUCGACCGCCGCGAGAUCUCUGACCGCGACCUGCUGGACCUCUCCGGGUGCGCACACGUCGUACGAGCCCGGAUGGCACGCCCGAAUGGCGCUUUCAUACGCCUGAUGAUCAAGUACGGAGACACCAGCGACCACACGCACACCCUGGACGGCAUCCGUGGAUUCCUGUACUACCAUGCCGCGCCCAACCCCUACGACAGCGCCAUCCGCCUCCGCCUAGCGAACUCUGUCGCCGAGUUUGACGACGCGCCCGACCUGCGCGCGCCCGUCCUCGACGCUCCCUGGGGCAUCACGCUCGCGAAUAUCGCCACAACCCCCACGCGUAGGGCGCUUCUGGACUACCUUGUGCAGGAGAACCUCGCGGACGAGGUAGUCGUGCGCCAUCUGCAGAUGUCACGAUCUGUCUCUCGCCUACACGACGUGUUCUUCGUAAACUUUCUCUCUCGCAGCACUCAGAUCGGGCUCUGCAGCGACGAUGGCGCACGUGCACACAUCAAGCUAGAGAAUCCGUUCCGCGAUUGGGAUUACAAGAAGCCCACCUACGAGGGGGCUGCGCUGGCGCGUCUCGUGAUACUGACGACGACCGACCCGAUGAUCACUGUCGGCAUUUGGAUAGAAAGGCUGCUCAACGGACCCCGUCUGUUGCCACACGUUAGCACCAGCGGCCGUGUCGGGUCUCUGCCGUCAGAGGGCAAGGAGGUAGCGCGCUAUAGGACAGGAGUGCCAGUGAAGACAUACGUCAGGAAAGAUAGCGCGGCCGGUCGGAUUCUGCUUCAGAUGAUGGCGCAGGAGGAAGGCGAGGAGCGCUCAUUGGAGGCGCAGUGAGCUGGAUCGAUCUCUCAUGCGCUGGUUACAGGGUCCACCGCAUUUCGCCCUCAAACGGCUUCUCUAUCGGCGUCUUCUACACCUCCACUCUAUGGUAUAGGGGGCCUGAGUUGAGGGAGUCCUAUACGACACGUUGAGUCGUAAUGAUAUCUAAGAGCACGUAGGACCUGCUGGGUCUCGCUCGUGGCGUAGUACCAAUCGGAUUCCCUUGCACAACCGGUUGUAGGUUUUCGGCGUGGGCAGGAGAGGCAGUCGUUCAAAUUAUCUUACAGUGUGCGCUCCUUCGAAAUACAUUCGUUUGGGAUGGUAUCCGAA